AAAUACGCCUACACGACCCUAAUUACCCGCUCCUCCUACCUCCCCGGCGUCAUCAUCCUCGCCGACACCCUCCGCAAACAUGGCUCACAAUACCCAUUACUCGUCUUCUACCCCUCCUCCCUAGAAGCAUCGGCCAUCAAAGCAAUGGAACUGGAAGCCCCCAAGACAAACCUCAUCCUCCAGCCCUGCGAACUCCUCCUCCCGCCCCAGCGCGAAGGCGAAGGCGAGCACGUCUACAUCGCCGAACGCUUCAUCGACACCUGGACGAAACUCCGCGUCUUCCAGGCAUUCGGGUAUGAUGCCGUUUGUUACUUGGACGCCGAUAUUUCCAUCUUCAACUCAAAUAUGGACUCCAUCUUCGAUCAGGCUGCAGACUUACCAAGCGAUUGGAUCGCGGCAAACCACGCCUGUGUGUGUAACCUCGACUCCGACCCCUGGGCACCUUCGGACUGGAACGUGGAGAACUGCGCGUACACGCCUCUAACGCAUCCACGCGCGUUAACGGAACCGACGCAGCCGACGCCGGAGAGUAGGGGGACGUAUCAUUUGCUGAACAGUGGUAUGUUCCUUUAUCACCCUUCCGAACGGUUGUGGGAGGAGAUGUUACAUUUCUUCAACACGACGGAUAAAUUGCGCAGCUACAAAUUCCCCGACCAAGACUUCCUCGCGGAUUUGUUCCAGAAUCGGUGGAAGGGGUUGGGGUGGCAGUAUAAUGCUCUCAAGACCAUGCGGUAUAUCCAUCAGGAUAUGUGGCGGGAUGAGGAAGUGGUGUGUCUGCACUACAUCGUUGACAAGCCGUGGGCGAGUCGGGUUGGUGCGGAUGGCAUCGCGGGGUUCAAGGGGAAAGAUGGGGUGACGCAUGGGUGGUGGUGGGAUCAGUUUGAGAGUUGGAGGAAGGAUCGGGAAGGGGAGGAAGUGGCGGAGUUGGUG